AUGAAUGCGUUUAUUAAGUUAAAAUGGAAAGGUUGUGGUGAUUUAUUGGGCAAUGAGACGCAGAUGGUGUUUUAUUGUGUUGGUGUGAUUGUGCUCGUAUGUUUCGGUGUUCGUGUACGCAAAAUGGACACAGCCUGCCUGGCUUGUCUAAGAAAUUAUGCGGAAAAAAGACAGCAGCUAUUCCUUAUUGAUAUAGGCUGUUCAUUUCGAUCCGCAAAGAGAUCCUCGUUAUCGUCAUCACGUCGUCGUUUCUCAUCGUCACCAAGUUACAAACUAUCCGAAUCGCACCAAAUUCGUCUCAAUCAAAGCGAUCACUCUGCUAGUAGUGGAAUCAUGAUAGUUGACCGUGAUGAUUCGCUGAGGAGUAGCACCACCACUCCAACGUCAAUAACACCUCACUCAACCACCACAUCUCAAAUGCCACCCGAAAAUGAGAUCCUGAACGCCUUCGAGGAUGUGCUCGUUAGUGCUUAA